AUGCCUUCUCUCGCCCCGUUCGCGGGCCCCCAGCCUAUUGUUGCUCUCCCCGCACUCUAUCUCUAUCCUCUCAACGACUCCUUCGUUCCCAAGCACAUUUCCCUAAUUCCUUCCGGUCAGAGGAUCAAAAUUGGACGGCAAACAAACGCAAAAUCGCAACCAGGAGAGCGAAACGGCUACUUUGACUCGAAAGUCCUCAGUCGACAACACGCAGAAGUUUGGGAGGAAAACGAGAAGAUUUACAUCAAAGACGUCAAGAGCUCCAACGGGACGUUCAUCAACGGUGAACGACUCAGUCAGGAAGGCGCUGAGUCUGAGCCAUUUGAGCUUCACAGCGACGACAUCGUUGAAUUUGGUAUCGACAUUGUUGGUGAAGAUAACAAAACUAUCAUCCACCACAAAGUCGCAGCCCGCGUUGCAUGCAUACUCACCGAUCAACAAGCGGCCAUUGCUGGACGGGCAGAGCAACAACAGCACCAACAACAACAGAACCAGGGUUACUCACAAUCACCAAUAUUAGGGCAGAAUGGACCGGGCUCCGGCUUCAAUUUUGCUCCAGGGACGCAACAGGGCCGCAGACCACCAAUGCAGCCACAACAACACCAGCCCCUUGGAGGCAUGGGGGGUAGCAUGCGACCUCCUGGCAAAGGCAUCUCCUUCGACGUUAUCCUCAGUCGGCUCCAAGGCGAACUCAACAAGAGUCGCGAGACUGGCCAGGAUCUUCAAACGCUCACUAGUGCGAUGAACGACAUCCAAGAUACACUGGGAGGUUCCUUGCCAUUGAAUUUGCCACCAUAUCCUCACGCUCUGCCCCCAGUCCGCCCUCCGUCAGCAUAUUCCGCUGUUGCCCCUGCCCCAUCGGAUGAUUCAGCUAGUCUGGCUGACUUGCAGUCGCAGCUAUUGACCACCCAGUCCUCCCUCACGUCGCAUGUCGACAAAAUCCGUGCCUUGGAGGGCGUGUUUGCGGACCAAGAGGCAUUGAAGGAAGAGGUCCGGAAUUUGCGGGAACUUGUUGGGGUUUUGAAGCAGACCCCAGUUGAUGAUGAAGAGACAGAAUUGUUGGAUGACGACGAUGAUACUCGCAGUGUGGCAACUGUGAUUCCCCAUACACUCGAACGCGUUGAAGAGGAAGAUGAAGACGAUCUCGAAGAAUACGACAAUAAGCAAGCAAUGAAUCACGAUGACGAUCGCAUUGAGCACGGUCGCCCACGCACCCCUGAACCUACCAAUAUGGGAAUGCCUCGUCGUUCUUCUCUCAAAUCCCCCGAAAAUCCAACUCCUUCUGUGGAUGAGCUGACAGCUCGCCUCAGUCAGCUAUCGUCGCAAUUGGAAUCUGCUUUGGCAAUGUCCUCGACUUUGCAGGCUCAACAUGUUGCUGCGCAAAACACUAUCGUUUCUCUCGAAGACAAGGUUAAACGACUCGAGGGUCUUGUCACUUCGAUUGUCAGUGCCGAAAACAAGAAUUCUUCUGAAUCGAUAACGACUGCGCUUUCUACGUUCAAAAGCUCACUUCAGGGUCAAUGGACGGUGAUUCAAGAGGAGUGGGCAGCAGAGCGGGAAAGACUGAAGCGCACUCGUGACGAAUGGGAACGUGAAAUGCGUGGUGCGGUGGACGAAAGAGUUGCGGCAAAACUUGCGCAUAAUCCCUUCCCACCACCGUCAAGCGGUGUUUAUUUCAAUGGUGGUCUUGUAACGCCGCCGAGUCCUCGUAGUCUAUCUGCCGACUCUGGAUCGAGUGGAAGUGUUGGAAGUGGUCGGCGGCGGAGAAGACGGAGUCCGAGCCGAGGUCGCACAAAUUCUUUGCGGCGCAACUCCACUGGAAGCAGCAAUCAGGACUUGACUGACCCGCCAGACAGUCCAUUGUCUGAUGAUGCGAUCACGGAGUUGGCUUUGAAUGGCAAGCAGCGGGAAACUGCGGCUCCAAUGAAAAGAGCAGGGCUUGUGUUGGAGACGGAGGAGGUACGCGUCUUCUCGCCGUUGCUUGAUUCUCCUGGGCAGCGUUCGAUGACUAUUGGAACUGGUGGUAAGAAACCAAGUAGAAAUGUGGACACGAUGCACAUCCAGACAGCAAUAGGCGUGUUGGUGCUCAGUGUAGCUGCAGCAGCCGUGAUUUGGCGGGUGAAGCCGGAGUAG